CCAUGACCCAUCCCCUCCGGCGCAUCUCCACCGGCUCGCUCUCCUCUCUCGCGCGGUCGCAGUCCCAAGCCUCCCCGUCGGGGCUGGACUGGCUCGAGCCGGCUCUCACCGACCUGGCCGACGAAGCGUCUACCCUCGCAGCGAACAUCGCGCGCAUGAACGAGAUGCACGACGCGCUCGAACACUUCAACGAGGGCUUUGCGGCGUACUUGUACGCGCUGAAGAUUAACGCGUUCUGCGUCGAGUGGAAUGAGGCGCCAGAUGCGAACAGCUGGAGAAGGCUAGAGGAGCUGAGCGUCCCCGAACCUCCACCUGCACCCAGGCCAGAACCGAGUAGAGAGCUCGCGUCCAGCACCCGCUCGCACCCCACUUCGCCGAAUGGCGGGGAUACGACGUACGCGACGAUAUAUGCGCACUCGCCGGAACCGCGCGCUCCCGCCCGAGGCGGGUUGCGUGGGCGGGGCAGCGCUAGGGGGCGGGGCACGCGAGGGGCGGCGCCAACAGCGGCGGAGCGCCGGGCCGCGAUGGGCGCGAAGAAGCGGCGCGAGGUCGAGAUCUCUAAAAUUAUCGACACACAGCUGCCGCUCGAGUACCGCGGAGGCGAUGCGGAUUUGCGGCUGGUGAUGGAGCAGGUUAUUGACAAGCUUAUGGAGGCGGAGGUGGGGUUGGCUAUCGGCGCAAUUGUUGGGCAACCCCCACUUCUGCACUCUCGCGUAAACAAGGCGCUCAUUGCGCUCGUGGCGAAGAAGCUUGUGACCAAGACGAGCGACAAGGGCAAGACGAUAUACGCUUGGGAAGGGUAGAGCGAGAUGUGGCACAGCAUGCACGGCGCGGAAUGCGGGUCAGCGUCUGCUGCCUCUACGUGGGCUAGGUGACUUGGCAUCAGAGUCUAGGAAUGCUAGAGCUAGAGGCAGUGGUUGUGGGGCCGAAGACUGACCGGCUCCGCUCGCAGCCACUCGGUCCUAAGGCGAUGUUGAGCGCUCACGCUGCUCGGACGAAGAACGGCAAACGUGGCUUGGCGCGCAAUGUUGUGAUGUGCGCCAAGCCAGGCAGAAUCGGCGCCUCUUCUGCACGUCGUUGCACUGAAUAUGCAGCAGUAAUGUUGGAAAGUCGAGCAGAGACAUGGUGAAGAAGAUGUAAACGAGCAGACUCAAUACGCGUCGCGUGCUGCAUCGACGACUACUGUAGAGGUAGAGUGCAUG